CCUCUCUCCACACUCAAGCACAACAACAUGCCCUUCAAUGGCGAGAAGCAGUACGUGGGCGAGGACCAGCCAAGCGACUCAGACUCCUCCCGCUUUUCCGAGAGCAUGGCUUCCCUCAGUGACUAUGAGUGCUCCAGGCAGAGCUUUACCAGCGACUCCUCCAGCAAAUCCAACUCUCCUGCUUCGACGAGCCCUCCCAGGGUUGUGACAUUGGACGAAGUGAUGGCUGCAGCGAGGAGCUUAUCAGACAUGACUCUCGCUCACGAAAUCGCUGUGAAUGAGAACUUCCACUUGAAACAGGAUGACCUUCCUGAGAACAGCUUGGCCGGGCGAGUGAAGCACAUUGUCCACCAGGCCUUCUGGGAUGUCCUGGAGUCGGAGCUGAGUGCAGAGCCCCCCGAGUAUGAGCACGCCAUCAAACUAUUUGAGGAAAUCAGGGAGAUUCUUCUCUCCUUCCUGACCCCCGGCGGCAACCGGCUCCGCACCCAGAUCUGUGAAGUGCUGGACACAGACCUCAUCCGGCAGCAGGCACAGCACAAUGCGGUUGACAUCCAAGGCUUGGCCAACUACGUCAUCAGCACCAUGGGAAAGCUGUGUGCCCCUGCGCGCGACGACGACAUCCGAGAGCUGAAGGCGACCAACAACAUCGUGGAAGUGCUUCGACAAAUAUUCCAUGUCUUGGACCUCAUGAGAAUGGACAUGGCCAAUUUUAUAAUCCGGAGUCUGAGGCCACAUCUCCAACGCCAGUUGGUGGAUUAUGAGAGAACCAAAUUCCAGGAGAUCUUAGAAGAAACUCCAAGUGCUCUUGAUCAAACUACAGAAUGGAUAAAGGGAUCUGUAGAUGAAGAAUUGCUUUCUCUUUCUGAGGCCACUUUAACUCCUGGAGCUGAAGGCACCUCCAAGCCCAGCCUGAGCCCGACCUUGGUGCUAAAUAACAGUUUCUUGAAACUGUUACAGUGGGAUUACCAAAAGAAAGAGUUACCAGAGACACUCAUGACAGAUGGAGUGCGUCUUCAGGAACUGACAGAGAAGCUGAAUCAACUGAAGAUGGUCGCCUGCCUGUCUUUAAUCACCAACAACAUGGUGGGUGCUGUGACAGAAGGUCUACCUGAGCUUGCAAACAAUUUGAAAAGGAUUUCAACUGUUUUACUUGAAGACAUGAACAAAGCGACAUUCAACUUGAAGGAAGUCCUGAAUUCCAUUGGUGUUCAGACCUGCGCUGAAGUUAACAAGACCCUGGAGGAGAGAGGUCUGUCCACUUUAAAUGCUGAGGUGGAAGCCAAUCUUAUAGGUCAAUUUUCCAGUAUUGAAGAGGAAGACAAUCCUAUUUGGUCCUUGAUUGAUAAACGAAUCCAGCUAUACCUGAAGAGCCUCCUUUCUCUCCCAAGCCCUGCCAAAAGCCCGCCUCCAGUUCCCGGGGGCCUGGCAGUCAUCCAGCAGGAGCUGGAGGUGCUGGGCUCUCAGUACGCCAGCAUUGUGAACCUCAACAAGCAAGUGUAUGGACCGUUCUAUGCAAACAUCCUCCGAAAGCUGCUGUUCAGCCACAAAGCCCUGGGGAAGGCGGAGGCCUCGACGCCCACCAACUAGAGCGGAGCUGACCUGGGCAACCCCAGCACUGUGGUGACCGGUCCCUGGCAUGGAGGGCAUUACAGAGGUGGCGCGUUCCUAGGACUGUCCAGGGUGCGGCGCUAGCCCAAGUCUAUGUGAUAUGAAUGCUAUGAAGUCAUGCCCCGGAGACAGAAGCUAUGUGUGCACCCUUUUCAAGUUCAAAAGAGACUUUUUUUUACUGCACGACUCGCAACUAAUUAUAUUACUUACAUUAUACAUGUACAAAGGUUUCUUAAGCACUUCUUUUUGAAUGAUUCAUUCAGCCCUUAGGAAGUUGUUAGUCCCUGGCUUGUCAGCAUCAAAUCCAAUGAUGUUUAACAUUUUGGUGCAACUUCUUACAGGGUUGAAGGUUGGGAGACUAACCAAGGGGAUUGGCAUUCCAAAUCAGUGAUGGAGAGGUGGCAUCAUUGUGUUUGAAAUGUGCAGCGACAUCUGGCCAAUGUGUACUGGGAACUUGGCAUAGGGAGUCCUCAGAGGCCACAUGUGCACCCAGUCACAUCUCCUCAUGCCAAUUGCCAGUAUUUAUGUAGAAGUUCAAAAUCUGAAGCACAUUUUAGAGCUAAAUGCAAACUGCAGACAAGGCCUCCCCUUGUUUGUUUAAUGAACAUAGAAACCAACCCCUUCUAAAGAAUCCUCCCCACCCCCUCCCCCAAGGGUUUGAUUCCUUUUUGCAAUGUAACCUGCUCUCAAAAGAGAAAUAACCAUUUGCACAAAUAUUUAGUGGAUGUCUUUGCAUUUCUCAGGCCAUUGAUAAGCUUUAGAUGAGAUUUUGAUAUUUGUUUGUGAGGCCGGCAGGCUUGAAUUCGUAUCGCAAUGAGCAGCAGCAGACAAGCUGACAGUCUAAUGAGCUGGCACAAGGGGAUCCUCUUCUCAGUGAAGUUCAGGGUGAAAAAAGAGAGCGCUGGACUUGGGCUUCCUGAGCCACAUCUCUUAACUGGCAAAGAAAUGCCUUUUGUGCCGUUAGCAUUCUGACCCAUCAUGACCGGGGAGCUUUCCUCAGCCUCCUUGUGAUCUGCUGACCUCCAGCAUCCUCCCAGCUCUGCAAAGCUGGGCACUAGUGCCUGGGGAGGACGCACUGCGGUGUGGGGAGUCCCACCUGGGAAGUGCAGUCUGCGCCCAGCAUAGCAUGCUGAGUGCUUUGUUUCCUCAGAACUCAUUUGGAGGUGGCUAGGUAGGCAGUAAGCAGAGCUCCUCCCUUCCCCAGCCCCGCACUUCUCCUUGAAGCCUGCCCCGUCAUGGUGUUGCUUAAUGAUCUCAUCCUUUCUCAGAAAGGAUUGUCUGACUCAGUCUCCAAUCUUUAUCUUUUGAAAGGCUCUGCCAAACCUGGAGCGAAUUCUGAAGGUCCGGUCUUUUUUCCUUACCGCGACCAAUAGCGCCAUCUGCCCCUUGGAGCAGUUGUACUGGAGACUUACUGAAAAGCUCACCCUGGGUCUCACCCAUUUCUCCCUUCCAAUAGUUCCUGUGCUUAGAAAACAUAAGGUGCUAAAGGCUUUGCUUCUCGUUUUCUCUUACGCUUCAGUGGUUUUCUGCCGCACUCACUCUAAGGCCCCGCGGAGCUGACCUUAGGAAGGCCGUCUGUAGUGGCCUAUGUUUUGUCCUUGAGUUGAGCUCUGGACUUACCAGGAGACCAGGUGGGGCACUCUGUGACCUGCAGAUUGGAGCCCACCUGGUUUUCUUUUAUAUACUUGAUGACACUGCAGUUGCCAGCAGGAAAAACAACGUGCAAACAUUUUUUAAUGCAUUUAAAAAUGAAGGGCAUUCUGCAUUUUUUUCUAAGUGGCAAAAUAAACCUCAAAUGUCUCAAGGCUGGAUGUAAGAACUACAUUUAUUAAAAAAAAUCAUAUCCCUUAGCAUGUUGUUUAUUUGGUUUUGACUUAAAUGUUUACUUCUACUUUUAAGCUUAACAUGGUCUUGUUUUGUGGUACCUAUUUUCUUCAACACCACAUGCACAUUUCCCUUCUACUGGUAAAACGUGUUUUGUGUGCACUAGUUAAAAUUUAAAGCAUUAAACUUUACUUCAAGGUG